AUGUCGGACCAUGAAGACGACGCCCAUACGGCAACAAAUCCGAACAUAUUGGUCACCUCGCAAUUCAAGACAGUAUGGCAAGAGUACUACGAAUCGGAGUCAGACUUGUGUGCCCGGACUCUCUCUACCCUGUUGGUCGUGAAGCCAGCAAGACCGAGACGCCUUUCAGUCUCGACUACAGAAGUGGCUACUCAAGAAGCGCGUCCGAUUUCAGUCGCGGAGACAUUGCCCAGCUCCAACGACACCGUCUUGAGCUUUUAUACUCUAGCGGAUGAGCAGUGGAACAGCUCGUCCGUUGACGUUGAGACGAUCGUACAGAUCGAGCUCCCUUCGCCAUGUCCGGCGUACGAGUCUUGCGCCCCUCUUCAGCAGAACAUCUUGCAUGGAGACGAUCCAAACUUUAUGCCGUUUCUCCCAUAUGCCGAUGAACCAACCUUUGACAGUGCAGACCACGCGCUCGAGUAUAAGGCGCUGGCCUGGCAGGAAAAUUACCGCGAUCCAGAUAGUGAGUCUCGACUCCAUCGUCACGAAGCAUUCAGAUGGCUCACAAAUUCUGCAGCAUUAGAAAUUGUACUGGAAACCGCACGCAGGUUACACUCGGUGCACGGGUUGUCUCCUACCCAAAUCGACGACACCAAUGUGCUUCCACUCACUCUGCGAACGACUGACUCUAUUUUGUGGCCUGGCUCGUCACGAUUGUCAUGUGCGCUGCCGGACAUUCCUGCGCCCCGCGCAGAGGAUCUACGUAGACGUCUUCAAGACUACCUCACGUUAUGGUGUCCACAACCCGAUUGUCUCCAAGCGCACUGCUUCUCCCAUAGUAAACGCGUACAUCGCAUGAAUCCAGGUGUAUCAGCGACUUCAUUCCGAUGUUUACCAGCUACAAGCGCGUGCGGAAACAGCUGUAUCAUAGAAUCUGGAUCAACUUCUGAGGACGACGUGAGGUGGAGCAGCCAAGACAUCGAUGACUUGAGGACAAUCUCCCAACUCGGUACGCCAAUGACGUCCUGCGAUCUGGCAGUGUUAUGUCGUAAGCCGUGCUAUGAGGUUAGAAGUCGUCAAAAAGCACCCUUUCGGUGCGUGCUGUCGCUAUCCAGUGUCGGCGAAAUGCUCAUAGUAACUUCAAAUGACCCGUGCGCUCAUCGCGGGCCAUGCGGACAGAGUUCAGACUGCGCUUGCUUCCUCAACAAGGCGCAUUGCUCGCGGAACUGCCGCUGCGCGCGCGAUUGUUCUAGGAGGUGGCAGGGAUGCAAAUGCGCGCUGUAUGGGCGUCCGUCGAAGAGCAAGGCUCCACAGACGUGCUCUGGCAAACACUGUCCCUGUUGGAGUGCAAAUCGAGAAUGUGAUCCCGACGUGUGCCUGCCGUGCCAUCCCACUUGUCGAAGCAGGCAGCUACAAACAGGGAUACAUAAGGCGAGUCACCUGCGUAAUGAUUAUACUACUCUUGCUAAUCAAAGAGAUGCUACUGAGGUCAAGGCGGGGAAGUACGGGUUUGGGCUCUUCCUCACUCAGGAUGCAAAGCAGGGAGACCUCAUCACAGAAUACCUCGGGGAGCUCAUCUAUGAGCCGACAUUCCUUUGUCGCGACCAGCUCACGUCGCAUGUCGGCCGCAGCUAUGUCUUUUGCCUGAAUAAAAGCAUAUCCGUGGAUGCCUUUCCGGCCGGUAAUGAAGCGCGUUUUAUCAAUCACACGCCAUCGGAGGAGGCAAACGUCGCAGUCUCUAUAUUGCUUAUCCAUGGGGAGCAGCGGAUCGGGGUGUUCGCGAGUGAGUCGUCUUCGCCGCACAGUUCUCAGGGUGGGGGCUAA